UCAGGAUUCAUUCAGUAACGAAACACUGCUGUCUACUGCUCUGUUUGGAAGAAUGAAAUUGAGCAAAACAGACAAUAUUGUAUCAAAAAUGAAACGUUUUAACUUGUUUAUUGAACUACUGUAUAUAAUCAGUAUCACAUUCACAAUCAUGCAGGAAAAAAUACUCGUGUUAUAUUGCUAAACUAUAUCAUAUGAUACAAGACGACAAACCCAUACAGGGAUUUUUUUCUCGCUCAUAUCUUGAAAUGAAAGAUGACAGAUCUGAGCUGUAUUAAUAAGUUUAACACAUACAUUUCCCAUAAUUAAUCGCACCAAAUGAACAUUAAAUCGACAGCCCUAGUUUUAAUACAUUAUUUUUAGUUGGCAUUUGGCAUGUAAUGAGUGUGAUGAGAAAAUCCCGUGUCCUUAAUAGUAACAAAUACCUAGUAUUGUCCGUCAUACCACUCACUAUUUCCAACAAUUGACUUUUUGUUUUUAUUUCAGGCCAGCACUCGCUAACCCACAGCCGUGAUGUCAGCACCAUGGACACGCUCCCUCUCAACGACAACUUCAACAAUAGCUACUCACAGCGAGAGGACGACUACGAGGACCCCGCGCUGUGCUGCCCACCCACUGACGCUCUGCGUCUGGAUGACGCUGCCUUUGAGAAGAUGAUCAUCUCCGAGCUGGUUCACAACAACCUGAGGCCUCGCCUGCCGCCGCAAAACCAAUCCAGCUCAAAAACCCAACCGGCGUCCGACAGCAGCCACCGGGGUCCGCAGGAGAUCUUCGACGGGGGUGUCGGGAAUAGAAACCGGAGUGAAGAUGAUGCCACAGUUUCCGACACCUCCGCUUUACCGCCGUCCUCCAGCCACCCGGCACUGGAGCUGCUUCUCCUUCACCCCAAUGACCGGGAGGCCCUCGAGGCCCCGCUUUUGCCCCAACGAACUCACUCGCUCCUUUACAGCGCUCAAAAGGCCGCCAGGCGGCAGAAGGACAGCAGAAAGGCAGAAGACGAUGAGGAAAGCGCGAAAGAGUUAGACGACGCGCCCUCGCCGAAUAACAGGGACUCGUUGUACACAAGCAUGCCCAAUCUCAGAGACUCUCAGUCCUCCGAAUCCCCCGACCUUGUCAGCGGACAGGACGACGGUUCUCCUUGCUCAUCCGCCCAAAGUGAAACUGAGGAACAGUGCUACAAGAGCUUGCCCGACCUGGGAGACGGGACUCAACCGCUUUCCUACUAUCAGAUCAGCCGCCGAGGCACUAGCGAGGGCUGCAUUGGCCCCGAGCUCCCCGAGGGCGAACCCGCUAGCGAUGGACAGAUGCAGCUAAUCACCAGCCUCUGAGCCAAGAAUGCAUGCUUUCCUUUGUUUUCUUCUUUUGCUUCUCCCAUCCAAGA